AUGACGGAAAAUAUGUCCGCACAGGAAAUCAUCAAAACAUUGAAUCUCUCUCCACAUCCAGAAAAGGGGUACUACGUCGAGACCUUCCGCGACCGCCACUCAUCAAACGACCGCUCACACAGUACCUGCAUUUACUACCUUCUCGAAGGAAAAGCCGGUCUCUCGCAAUGGCACCGUGUUCUCGAUGGCACAGAGGUGUGGCAUUAUUAUGCCGGCGCCCCGAUGCAACUCUCACUAUCCUGGAAUGACGGGAAACCCAUCCGGGAUACAAUUCUGGGGAUUGACCUUGCCAAGGGCCAACGGCCACAGGCUAUCGUUGAGCGGGGAGAGUGGCAGCAUGCCAAAAGUUUGGGUGAUUGGACACUCGUUGGGUGUACGGUGGCUCCGGCUUUCUUGUUUGAGUCUUUCGAGAUGGCUGAGGCGGGGUGGGAGCCUCGCGUGGAUGCUUGA